AAAGGGGGGUCACAGGGGCUUAGUCCUUCUCACUUCACAAUAUAUUUUGUCCACUCUCACUGACAAUUCACAAGCCUUUUGAUAACUCUCUCCUUUCUCUUUCUCCUUUUCUUUUCCCUCCCAACUUUUUUUCCAUUUUGGAGAAGAAGAGAAAGCAGAAAAAAGUUCACUUUCUUUUCAAGAAAAACAAAAAGAAACAACACAAUGAGGGAGAAGAGCAUUGUUCAUUAUUCUACCAUUCUCACUAUUAUUCUUGUGUGUGUUAGUACUUUACAAAGUGUAUAUGGUGGCAACCCUUAUCGGUACUACACCUGGAAAAUCACUUAUGGAAAUAUUUACCCUCUCGGUGUCAAACAACAGGGGAUCUUGAUAAAUGGGCAGUUUCCAGGUCCACAGAUUGACUGUGUAACCAAUGACAAUUUGAUUAUCAGUGUCUACAACUACUUGAAUGAGCCUUUUCUCAUUUCUUGGAAUGGUAUACAACAAAGGAGAAACUCAUGGCAAGAUGGAACUUUUGGUACAACUUGUCCAAUUCCACCUGGGAAAAGCUUCACUUACACUCUCCAAGCAAAAGACCAGAUAGGUAGUUUUUUCUACUUCCCAUCACUUGGAAUGCAGAAAGCAGCAGGGGGAUAUGGUGCCAUCAGAGUUUAUAGCCGUCCUCGAAUUCCAGUACCUUUUGCUCAACCUGCUCAUGACUUUACUGUACUAGCUGGAGACUUGUACAAGAGAAGUCACAGGCAACUGAAGUACAUUUUAGAUAGUGGUCAUAAUCUUCCAUUACCUGAUGGUCUUAUUAUCAAUGGUCGCGGAUGGAAUGGAUACACAUUUACAGUUGAUCAAGGUAAGACAUAUAGGUUCAGGAUAUCUAAUGUGGGGAUUGCAACAUCUAUAAAUUUCAGAAUUCAAGGGCACACGAUGAAACUAGUUGAAGUUGAGGGAUCACAUACACUCCAAACAACCUACACUUCACUUGACAUCCAUCUAGGACAGUCUUAUUCAGUUUUAGUGACAGCUAAUCAGGCUCCAAAGGACUACUAUGUCGUGGUCUCUUCACGCUUCACCAGACGAGUGCUAACCACCACAGCUGUUCUUCACUACAGCAACUCAUGGACAAAAGUCUCUGGACCUCUCCCUGGUGGGCCUACUACUCAAAUUACUUGGUCAAUUUACCAGGCCAAAUCUAUUCGAUGGAAUCUAACUGCAAGCGGACCAAGGCCUAAUCCUCAAGGUUCCUAUCAUUAUGGGUUGAUCAAGCCUACGCGCACGAUCAUGCUUGCCAAUUCUGCUCCAUAUAUAAACGGCAAACAGAGAUAUGCUGUCAACAGUGUCUCAUAUGUUGAUCCAGACACCCCAUUAAAGCUGGCUGAUCACUUCAACAUUGGAGGAGUGUUCAACCUUGGUAGCAUUUCUGACCAGCCCUACAACGGAAAUGCGUAUAUUGGAACCCCUGUUAUGGCUGCUAACUUCAGAUCUUACGUUGAGAUCAUUUUCCAAAACUGGGAGAAUAGUGUCCAGUCAUGGCAUAUAGAUGGCUAUUCUUUCUUUGUUGUUGGCAUGAGUGGUGGACAAUGGACUCCAGCAAGUAGAUUGCACUACAACUUAAGGGACACGGUUGCACGUUGCACCACUCAGGUGUAUCCCAAGUCAUGGACUGCAAUAUACAUGGCAUUGGAUAAUGUAGGAAUGUGGAACAUAAGGUCUGAGGAUUGGUCAAGGAGGUACUUGGGUCAGCAAUUCUACUUAAGAGUUUACUCCCCAGCAAAUUCUUGGAGAGAUGAACUUCCAAUACCAAAGAAUGCUCUUCUUUGUGGUAAAGCUAGACAUCACCACACUAGGCCUCUUUGAAACAGUAAUAGUUCUUAGUUUUCUGUCACGACAGGGUGACCGGGAAAGAUUUAAUCUGGGAAGAGUUAAGAUGCUGAGAUUGAGCUAUGAUUUAGAGUCUCUUCUUUUCUUUCUAUAUGAUGUGUAUCCUGCUUUCUAUUGUUGGAAUUGAUGGAAUGUAUCAUUUCACUACAUUUCAUUUUUUGUUCAAACUUUUGGUUGGAUGCCAAAUAGAUAAGCAGGGAAUAACUUCUUUAUUUCAAGGCAAAA